GGAAGCCGAUUCCCGGGAAUUAGGAGGUUGUCGGAGGAAAGCAUCCUGCGGGGACGGUCAGGCGGGGGCGGCGAGUGGAAGAGGAGCGUGGGCUGGAGGUCCAAGCUGACUCACUUCUGCUGUCUGAGCAUGGAGGAUUUGGAAGGAGAGGUCAAGUUUAUUGUGGAUGAGACCUUGGACUUUGGAGGGCUGUCCCCAUCCGACAGUCAUGAGGAGGAAGACAUAGCAAUGUUGGUGACUCCAGAGAAGCCACUUCGACGGGGACUCUCCCACCGGAGUAACCCAAAUGCAGUGGCUCCUGUCCUCCAGGGAGUGAGGAUCAGCUUAGACCCUCUCAGCCCAGAGAAGCUGGAGGAGAUCCUUGAUGAAGCCAACCGGCUGGCGGCUCAGCUAGAGCAGUGUGCCUUGCAGGAGAGCGCUGGCGAGGGCCCGCAGGGGAAGCCCAGCCCUCUGGAGAAGCCCAGCCCUCGGAGGGAGACCUUCGUGCUAAAGGACAGCCCGGUCAGAGCCCUGCUGCCCACUGUGAACUCUUUGGCUUGGAACACACCCUCCCCAAGCAGCCUGACUCCUCGACUCCGGAGCAGUGAUAAGAAGGGGUCAGCCAGGGCUCUUCGGGUGACAACAGCCAAGAGGCCCUCCAGCAUGAAGAGGGAGUCGCCUACUUGCAAUCUGUUCCCUCCAUCCAAAAGCCCAGCAUCAUCUCCUCUUGCACGAUCAACUCCUCCUACACGUUCAACCCCUCCUACAAGAUCAACUCCCCCUACAAGAUCAACUCCUCCGCUCCGGGGAAAAGCUGGGCCCGGCACAAGGGCAAAAGCAAGCCCGCCUAUCUCUGUCAGACCAGUCCUGGCCCCACAACCCUCAACAAGCCACUGCCAACGCCUGCCCCAGCCACAAGGAGCAGCUAAGCCCUCCAGUCGACUACCCAUUCCCUCGGCCAUCCCCAAGCCUGCUACCCGAAUGCCACUCACCAGCAAGAGGGCACCACCACCCAGCAAAGAUGCACUGCCUCCAGAUUCUCUGUUAACUCGGAAAGGUCUUCUAAGACCAAGUGCUGUGGGUCACAGAGUUCCUGUGUCCCAGCGACCGACUCUUCCUGCCACCGGUGCCUCUCGAAGCAAUCUGCAGCCCCCUAGGAAGGUGGCAGUCCCAGGACCAACCAGGUAAAGAGGUCAGGCCAGCAGGCCAGCAUUAAGUAGCAAACCACUACAGUCACCGCCUGGACUCUCCCGUGCCUUCAGCCCCUGACUCCGGUGGAUUCUUGCUCAGGCACAUGAGGAAGAGAGGCCUCCCAGGCUGCUCCUCUGGGGUAGAGACCAUUUGGGGGUGGGAUGGGCUGAGCCAGAGGAGCCUCUGGACUGAAAGAAGAUGAAAGGAAAAGAGGUCACCACCCCCUAGUAGUGAAGUCAGCACAUGAGAUGAGAAAUGCAGUCAAGUUGUUUGUUCCCCUCUGCCUCCACUCCUGUGGUCAGCCCUGAAGAGUUUGAUCUUCCGAGCCCUCGGUUCACUGGACAGCUACAUGUGGGGAGCCUGUAUAGCCAGCCAACCACCCUAUUCCCUGAGGCGAUCUAACUGAAUCAUUUUCUCCACUGGCCUGGGGCCUGUCUGGAGAGGCAAGGCAAUCACCUGGUCUCCAGAACUUGUUUCCUGUGAACUUGGACUCUUCAUGGGCCACUUGAUGAUAAGCUUACUAGUCUGCAUUUUUCUAAAAUAAAGUGGAUGUAUUUUUAUA